AUUGUGUUCUGGAACCAGACAAACUGCAGGUCAUCGUUGUACUGCUGCUGGUGUGGACGGGAGCCUCUCACAAGUGAUCAGAGUGGAGGCUGCAUCUGGCUGCUUUGAUCUUUGUUCUCUGGACUAAAUGAAAAUGCUGGUCAUCUUUGGAAUCCUGCUGAUGUUCACAGAAGCUGGAAUGGGUUUGCUGUUCAUGAACCCUGAUUGUAGAUUUAAUCAGAGCGAUCCAUGUUAUGGAGCUGUGGGACGACCACUGUACCUGCAGCUGCCAUCUGAGGAUGAAUUACAGUUACUGAAGAACAUGAGUGGAUCUCCUCCUGAUCACAUUUUCAGACUUAGAAACCAAAAAAUCACACAAAACUUUUCAGAUUAUCCAAGUUGGCAGUUUGUUACUAAUAACAGCAUCAUGAUAAUAAGCAGUGCAGAGAAAAGAGACUCAGGAAGAUACAUUUUAGAAAUAUUUGAUUCAGCAGGGAGAGACAGAGGUAUUUAUCAUCUCCAGCUGGUUAUUGAAGAUGUGGUGUCCUCAGUGACUGUGACGGACAACUGCUUCUCCAUUGAGAACAGGACAGUGUCUUGUUCCUCUGAUGGAGAGAAUGUCCACUACAGCUGGACUUUCCAACAUACACACCAACUGAUUGAUGGGAACCAGACUCUUCUGCUGGACAAGGAAGCUGUUGGAAAUGUGACCUGUUAUGCACAAAAUCAUGUUAGCCGUGAACACAAAACUAUUGAACUACAACAGUGUCCUGAUCCUACAACUGUGACCCCCACUACAACUCCAAAGUCCAAAAUGACCCAGAUGACACAAUCAAGCAAAGGUAUAACUCUUGGAGUGUCUGAUAAAGAGGCUCAGACCCCCACUCAUAAUCACACCUCCAAUCCUCAAGUUCCUCUCAGUUUUCAGAAUCCUACAACUGUGACCCCGACUACAACCCCAAUGUCCAAAAUGACCCAGAGGAUGCAAUCAAGCAAAGAUCCUACAACUGUGACCCCGACUACAACCCCAAUGUCCAAAAUGACCCAGAGGAUGCAAUCAAGCAAAGGUAAAACUCUUGAAGUGACUGAUAAAGAGGCUCAGACCCCCACUCAUAAUCACACCUCCAAUCCUCAAGUUCCUCUCAGUUUUCAGAAUCCUACAACUGUGACCCCGACUACAACCCCAAUGUCCAAAAUGACCCAGAGGAUGCAAUCAAGCAAAGGUAAAACUCUUGAAGUGACUGAUAAAGAGGCUCAGACCCCCACUCAUAAUCACACCUUCAAUCCUCAAGUUCCUCUCAGUUUUCAGAGUAAGUGA